CAGGUACAAACGGUGUUUCUUUGCCGCAAGAUUGCUGGCGGCUUUAGUAUAUUCUCUUUGUCCUGAUCAUACAAUUUUUCCUCAUCAUCACCAUCAAACGUCGCUACGAUUGACUUCCGUAUCUUCUUUCUGUUCGGUUUGGAGGAGAGCUACCGGCAGUCUAGUUACUCGCUUCACCUCGUUGAAGGGAAGGGAUAGAGUAGCUUUCCUCAUUUAUUCGCUUAAUAAAAUAUGGAGUAUAUCCGGGAUUUUAAGGUCGAGAACGUGACCAUCCUACAUCAUGGGCAGCCGACAGUUGGGACCCUCCACCUUACUCCCCACCAUCUCAUCUUCCGGAUAGAUCCCGAAGCUGAAUCAUCCUCUCAAUCCCAAGCCCCACCCGCACAAACAAAGCCAGCAAAGCGGCCCCGGGAAAUCUGGAUCACAUAUCCUGUCGUUUCUACACUCUUUCGGCAUCCAGCGAGUGCCGCUUCACCGGCCCACUUGCGGCUACGGAAUCGGGACUUUUCCUUCCUUACUUUCCAGUUCAAGACGGAACGGGAGUGCAGAGAUGUUUUCGAGUCGAUCAAAGCUCUUACAAUUGUCAAAGGGGUAGAAAGCCUUUACGCUUACUCUUACGCCCCAGGCUCUAUCGAGAAGAAAUUUAACGGGUGGAAGAUAUACAAUCCCCUCAAGGAAUACGAGAGGAUGGGUAUUGGUACCGAGAAAUGCAAAGGGUGGAGAAUGUCAAAAAUCAAUAAGGAUUUCGCUUUCUCUCCAACAUACCCUGCAUUGUUGGUUGUUCCAGCCACAAUAAGUGAUACGACCUUAAGCCAUGCCAAGAACUACCGGUCUAGGGCGAGAAUACCCGCCUUAACUUAUAUCCACCCUCUCAACAACUGCUCUAUAACCAGGUGUUCACAGCCGUUAACGGGUGUCCGUGGGAACCGUAGCAUACAGGAUGAGAAGCUCAACCCCCUCCAAAAAUAUACGGGGCGCAACAAAACAAUCUGA